AUGCCUUUACAGAUGUUGCUUGAAGCUGUGGUUAUGAAUGACACAACAGAAGUAACCAGAGUGAUCCUGUUUCAGAAACCUGUCAAAGCUGUGCUGUCGAUGUUGCCAUGCCUUUUCUUUCUGUAUGUAAACUGUGUCAUGCUGUUUGCCUUGCUGAGGAAGCCUCUCCUCCUGGAGUACUCGCGCUACAUCCUGUUUGGUCAUUUGCUCUUCACUGAAUCUCUGCAGAUUAUAAUGACUAUGUUGCUCUACAUCUUUGCUGUGACCAUGGUCAGAAUGAUCAGCUACGUUUGUGUUGUAUUCGCACUGCUUGCAUCCAUCACUGUUAAAAUGUCACCCCUCAACCUGGCUGUGAUGUCUUUGGAGAGGUAUGUCGCUAUUUGCUUUCCACUGAGGCAUGCCGAAAUUACCACCAUGAAGAGGACAAAAGUGAGCAUUGCUGUUAUGUGGACACUGGCCUCUGUUGACUCUUUCACUCAGCUUUUCCUAUUUGUCAGUCUGGGAAACACAAGCUUCACUGUACAGGGGAUCUGCCACAGACAAAGCGUCUUCCGCCUAGAGAUUUAUGCAACUAUAAACAAGGUCCUCACCUCUGUGUUUUUUAUAUCAGUGGGCAUGAUUAUCAUUUACACAUACAUUGCUAUCAUGAUUACUGCAAAAUCAGCCUCUUCUGAUGCUGGUAACGCCAGUAAGGCCCAUAAAACUGUGCUGUUGCAUCUGUUUCAGUUAUGCCUGUGUCUCACCUCCACUCUGUUUGGUAUGAUAGACUACAGCGACAUGUCGACCAUAAAUCCUAUGAUGGUCAUUCAGAUUCGGUAUGCCCUCUUUAUAGGUCUCAUUGUUUUCCCUAAGUGUUUGAGCCCACUCAUAUACGGCCUGAGAGAUCACACCUUCAGCUAUGUCUUCAAGUACUAUUUCACCUUUGGCUUCAAAACCACUGUUCGGACAUCUCCUAAAUGUUGA